GUCUGGUGAAUGUAGAAAAAGAUAUAAUGCUUUGAGACAAUUUUAUUAUAAAUAUUUUUAAACAAUUCGAGAUUUGUGUCUUACAUCAUUGCCUUAAUAAAAUUUAAUCUAUUACUGAAACACACUUCUGCACUUUUUGUUAAAUGAUCUUUCAAAUUAUUUAAAUAUUUGUUUUUGAUAAUAUAGACAAUAUACAAGAGCUGAUACUAGCAUUGAAACCACUCAAGCCACGAGAGACUAUACGUGACUCAAAAUUCAAAGGAUUGGAAAACGUAACAGACCAAGGAAGUUAUAUAUUUUAUUAGUGACAGUUCAAAAUGAUCAGUAUGUUCUAACAAAUAAUGUACAGAAAGUUAUAGAUAAUGUACAAAGAGAAUUGUGAUUAGAUUUAAAGAUUUAUUGAAAUUAGUUUUAUUAAUUUUAGAGGUGAUCUAGAAGAGGUUAAUUUCUUGGGAAUGUAGAAAUGGAGAUAAUGGAAAUAUAAGAAUGUGAUAGUAAAGAUACAUUGAACAUUUAGAAAAAAUUCGGUUUGGAAAAUAGCAAGCCAUUGGCAACUCUGUUAAACAUCAAAUGCAAAAUUAAUAAAAGCAGCUACUCACUCAAAUGAAAACAUUAGAAAUGAUGAAAACAUCACGAAUUGAUCGAUAGUUUAAUAAGUCUAUCUUAUCUAAGUCUAGAUAUUGUUUGUCGCGAAUGCGUUAAUUGAAUCGAUUUUGUAAUAAUCCAGAUAUUGUAAAUCAUUAAAGAAAAUCAACACUACGUGCUACAGUAUUUAUGUGGAAUUAUAGAUUACCAAAGCUAAUGUCAAACUAGAAACGUAUAUUGACUUCAACUGUUUGGCGAUUCAGAGGAUAGAUAUUUAUACUUAAGUUAUGUUGUAAUGUUGACAAAUGAUCCAAUUAGUUGAAACACAAAGAAACAAAAAUGUGUUUUCUUAUUGACAAUAGAAACUGAUAGCUCUUUGGAAGUUAUAUAAAAGAUAUAGUUUAUUUAAGAAUCGACCGUCUAGAUCCGGUUCAUUCAGAAGUUUGAAAGAAUAUAAGCACAGAUGCUUUAUUUUUUAGGAUGUUUUACAUUUUUUAGCAGUGAGCACUCUUGAUUAGCCAAAGCUCUUUAUAAUUGAAUACAAUUUUUGUUGCAUCUCUUUUUACAAAAAUUGAUACUUCAUCAUUAUGUAUUAUAGUCCUUAGUUUUGCUAUGCUAUUAUUAUAUGUGUAAUUUUAUGUUAUACUUGUAACAGUCUUAUUCAUUUAUUGUAUCAAAAUGAUGAGAGUUAAAAAUAUUUUAUUAUUUACAGAAGCUAAAAAAAUGUUCAUAAAUUUUUAUAUUAUAAAAGAUAAUCAUCUAGUUAUCAUAGUUUAUUGUUUCACAGAGUAAAUAAUUUUAAUUGUGCUUUAUCAUUGUCAUAUUUAAUAUUAUUAGUGAAUUUUUAUGUAAUGCUUAAGGCCGUUCAUUACCAUUGAUUUUAUAACGGGUUUACACCUAUGAUGAAAACAUUCUUGAUCGAUUUUGAUGAACAAGGUCUUAUUUUAAAGACAAGGUUUAAUCUAGGACUCCAUUGUUUUCAGACUUUUAAAAAAGCUUUAUAUUUGUGAAUAAACUAUUCUCGAAAAAAUACCAUUUUUUAAUUUUUAUAUUUUAAUUUUUUAAUUUUUUUUUAUUUUUUCAAAAAAAAAUAAAGUUUUUUCAAAACUUUAAGAAAGUGUAAUCCUGGAUUAAACGUUCGUUUUUAACAUAAGAUCUUGUUCAUCAAAAUCGACUAAAAAUUACGUUUGUUCUUUCUCGUUAACAUAAACCGUUAUAAAACCAGGGAUUUUUGUAAUACUAGCUUUAACUGUAUACAUGAUAAUGUAUAUAACGAAUGUUAGGAUAUACAUACAAAGUCAUAUUAUGAUGUAUAUGUCAAGAAUAUAUGUGUAGUAGUGUGUGUGUGUGUGUGUGUGUGUGUGUGUGUGUGUGUGUGUGUGUGUGUGUGUGUGUGUGUGUGUGGAAUUAACACUGAUUAAUAUUUGUAUAUUUAUAAUUUUGUUUUGAAUUAUAAUUUUACUUUAUAGUAUUAUGUUCAUAAUAUGAUAAUGCUUUUAUCAAUAUCAUUUGCGGAUUGUAUUUUAAAGUGUUUCCAAUUAGUAUAGUUAUAAUGUCUCUAUAGUAUUGUUUAUGUGGUAAUAUCGGAAUUAAUUCUAUAGGUUUGUUUAUAUAUUUGUUUAGCAUUUUGUUUAGCAAAGUUGUUGGCAACUUAUCAUACAAGCUAGUAAAUUUGAAAAUAAACAAAUUCUUGUUAUUAAUAUUAAUGUUGGUAUUGAAAAGCUUAUGUAUCUCAAUAUGAUUUUUAAUAUUGGCAGUCUAUAAUUUAGAGACCUCAACAAAAUUACUCAAGGACCAAUUAUUGAUCGUAGAAUUCCUAGGAGUUAAUUUAGAUACUGUGAUGAUGUAUAAAUGCUAUAUUUAAUUUCUACGUCAUGGAUAUAUUCCCACUUUUCCAAUAUUUAAUACUUUCAUGAUGACUACAAGUGAAAUGAGACUUUCUGAUCGUUGUGGAGUAAUCUUAUAUCAUUUGUUUUAUAUGAUAAUGAAAAAUGUGGCUGAAAGUUCAUGAUUCUUUUAUAAUUACUUUUAAACAUAUCUAUAAAGAUUCUAAUAUAACGUAAUAGCAAAUUUAAUUAGAAGAAUACAUUUCUUAGAAAGUAACCUCGAUUUUUUUAGAUGCAUAUUUUAGAUGUAUACCUCAGUCACCUGUGCAAUAUAUUUUAACAAACUUUUAAACGUACUGAACUGAUACCUGUGCUAUAAUUAAAGUGGAGCAAUCCAUUAGAAAUUCAAUUUAUAUAUAAAUAAUAAUCUAGCAGUGUCAACUACAAAAUUUGGAAUUAUAAUCAACGCAGUAUUCGCCGAAUAUUUAAACAAUUUAAAGUUUGUAGUUUAUAUAUCAUAUUUCAGUUAUCACAAGUUAAUGGUCUUUUUGUUAGAUUAUAUGAAAUAGACACGUCCGGAAAGUAAUAGUACGUGUAAAGAGAUAUAAAGAAAUACAAAAGAAAUAUAAACACAAUAUGUGUAAAUAAAUAUUAUUACAUUAAAUUGAAAUAUUUUUAUGAAAAAAUAAAUGCAUAAUUAAAUCGAUUCCACAAGUUCCAUAUCUAACGCGCAUGGCGACCAUAUACUCAUUUCUUUUUAUCAAAAAUAAUAAUUAGUGAAUAUAUAUAAUAUAUAAAUAUUCACUAAUUAUUUUUUACAAAAUAUCCGACAAAAUUUUGCUUUUUUAUCGCAAAUCUAUAUAUUAGUAUAUGUAUUAAUUAUAUUUAUUAUUCUUUAUGUAUAUAUAUCGUAAAACAAAUAAGUACUAUCAUUGCGUCAUAUCUAGGACACAUUCUUACGAGACCCGCACCACCAUCAAAGAAAAAUAUAAAUAAGAGAGACUGAAAAGUGUGAUUUCACAACUUACUAAACUACUUAUUCUAAUCCAUAUUAAUUUGAUUGUUAUGCGAAGAGGGAUAUAUACCUAGAGAGGCUUAUACACCGGUACAAUAGAUGCAUGGUGGAGCCAUGAUCUUUUACGCUUGUAUUCAUAUUUUGAGCGAAAGAUGAACAGCCUUAAGGCUGUUAUUUCCUAUUGCUCGAAGCAUAUGCGACUUCAGCGACAGAUAUGGACAAAAUAUAAACUCCAAGUGCAAGCUAGACAGCAAGUGGGGGCCACCAUGCUCUAUCGUGUCGGUACAUAAGCUUAGUUAGUAUAUUCCACUCACGCGUCUAACAAACGGUUUCGUAUGGAUUAAUAUACCUCGAGCAAGCAUAAACAGAGAACGAGCUCGAUUGAUAAAGACAUCUUACCAUGGAUAAGAAUGAGAGAAGUAAAGUAAAAAAUCCACGGGAACAAGCUGGUUUUCUCUCGAUCGUUACGUUCAAGUGGAUAUUUAAGACUUUUCUACUUGGAUAUAAAAGAGAGUUACAAGAGACUGAUCUAUAUUCUCCAUUGAAAGAGCAUCAAAGUAAUCUUUUAGGAGAUUGCAUCGUUAAAAUCUGGGAAGAUGAAGAGAGAAAAUGUAGAACAAAAAAGAAUGGAUCUACGCCACGAUUGUAUAAAGUACUGACAAAAUGUUUUGGAAGAAAUAUCAUGUUGAUUGGUAUUGCUUUAGCAUUCAUAGAGUUUAUUAGCAGAAUUGCUCAACCAUUGAUACUUGGACAUCUGUUACAUCUCUUGAGUACAAAGAAAGAAGAAGUAGAUCCAGAAAUAUAUUAUUAUGCCAUUGUGUUCAUCUUACUUCCUUUCAUGGACUGUUUCAUUUUCCAUUUAACUUUACAAGAAUUGAUGCACUUUGGAAUGAAAAUGAAAGUAGCCUGUUGUACUUUGAUUUAUAGAAAAAUGCUCAGAUUGUCUAAUUCAGUUUUUGAAGAUGGAACAUCAGCUGGGCAAAUGAUUAAUCUCAUGAGUAACGAUGCUAGCAGAUUAGAUUAUAUAACACAAAGUAUUCAUUAUAUGUGGAUUGGUCCAAUCCAAACAUUAAUCAUUGCUUGUAUUCUUUAUUGGCAAUUAGGAGCAGCACCAGUUGCAGGUUUAGUCCUGUUUUUGUUUUUUAUUCCCCUUCAAGGGUAUAUUGGAAAAAGAGCAGCAAAGCUGAUGCUAUUGUCAGCCCAAAGAACAGACGAAAGAUUGCGACUAAUGAACGAACUAAUUGCUGGUGUACAGAUUAUAAAAAUGUAUGCCUGGGAAAUACCUUUUUCACAAAUCGUCGAAAAAACCAGGAAAAAAGAAAUGAACACAAUAAAGAAAUACUCAAUUGUGCAGCAGAUUGGAAUGACAUUCGAGUCUUAUGUACCACGAAUCUGUCUAUUUAUCUCGAUUUUGACAUACGUUGUUACUGGUAAUUACAUUACCGCAGAGAAAGUCUUCAUGAUAACAUCAUUCUUCAAUGUUAUUAGAAACUCCAUGACUAUUGGAUUUCCAUUGAGUAUUCAUCUACUGGUCGAAGGUUUGGCAUCGAUGCGUCGUAUCGAAAGAUUCAUGAUGCAUACAGAAAUUGAGAAAAGCAAGGAAAAAACUCAGGAGAUUGGAUCACACGAAGUAGUAUUGAAAAACGUAACAGCAAAGUGGAGCGAUGAGAGCAAAGAAGAUACUCUGAACAGUGUAAAUUUAUCAAUUGAACCUGCUAGCCUAGUAGCAAUCGUGGGGAAGAUAGGUUCUGGUAAAAGCAGUUUAUUACAAGUAAUACUUCAAGAAUUACCAUUGAAGAAAGGCUCUUUAAAAAUUAGUGGAAAGAUAGCUUAUGUUAGUCAACAGCCAUGGAUUUUUGCUUCGUCGAUUAGACAAAACAUACUCUUUGGACGUAGUAUGGAUAAAUCUCGUUACGAGCAAACUAUUCAGGUCUGCCAAUUAAAUGAAGAUAUUGCUUCGUUUCUUCACGGUGAUAGAACAGUCGUUGGUGAAAAAGGAAUAAGUUUGAGCGGUGGUCAACGUGCUCGUAUCAAUCUUGCUAGAGCAGUCUAUGCUGAUGCGGACGUUUAUUUAUUGGACGAUCCACUUUCGGCAGUAGACGCUCGAGUAGGCAGACGUAUUGUCGAGGAUUGCAUAUGCGGAUAUCUAAAAAAUAAAACUAGAAUUUUAGUGACUCAUCAGUUGCAAUUCUUAAGGUGUGCCGAUCAAGUGAUCGUGAUGCAUAACGGGUCGGUUCAGACUAAAGGUGAUUUUAAUACUCUCGAAGCUUCUGGCAUGGACUUUAACAAGUUUGUCAUUGAGGAAAGGGAAACGAAACUGGAAAAGAAUGAAGAAUUUAUAUAUGAAGGGAAAAUCGAUGAUUUUGAAGGCACGGCGAAUAAACAUAUGAACGAAACAUCGGUACCUGUUGUGGCAGAAAUGAGAACGAUUGGUCAUAUUUCUGCUAAGGUUUACGUCUCCUAUUUUAAAGCAAGUAGAAGUGUUUUGUUGUUGCUAUUGAUGGUUACACUCUUUGUUUCCUAUCAAAUGGCAGCCAGUGGUGGCGAUUAUUUUGUCGCUUAUUGGGUCAACAUCGAAGAAACUUCCUGGAUCAUUUCAGAAAAUGAUACGCUUCUGUUCAAAUGGAAAGGACCGCUUAAUCGCAUGGAAGUAAUUUACAUUUAUAGUGGGCUUACUGCGUUAACAGCUGCAUCAGCCUUUCUACAAAUGUUUUCUUUUUAUGAAGUCUGUAUGCGGUCUUCCAGAAACUUACAUGCUAGCAUGUUUCGUAGCAUUGUACGCACAAGCAUGUAUUUUUUCAAUAACAAUCCGCUUGGUCGUAUCUUGAACAGAUUCUCCAAGGAUACUGGUGCCCUUGACACAAGAAUGCCUAUUUGUAUGUUCGAUAUUAUAAUUAUUGGUCUUGGAUUAACAGCAGUAAUAACGAUAGUAGGAAGCGUAAAUCCUUGGCUGCUGAUACCUGUCGUGUUUAUUACCAUAAUUAUAUAUUUUUUACGAAAUUUUUAUAUGGCAACCAGUCGUAGCGUUAAACGAUUGGAAGGAAUAAUUAUUUAUCAUCUUGUUUUUGCGAAAGCUCGAUCACCAGUAUUUGAUCACGUAAGCGCAACGCUUCAAGGUCUAGUGACAAUCAGAGCAUUAAAUGCUGAGGAAAUUCUUAUCAGCGAGUUCGACAAUCAUCAAGAUCUUCAUUCUUCUGCUUGGUUCAUCUUCAUCUCGGCUUCACGAGCUUUCGGCAUUUAUAUCGAAUUAGUCUCUUUGGUUUACAACGCGAUUAUAAUCGCAUUUUUCCUUUUUCUGAAGGAUACCGUAGUCAGUGAUGUUGGAUUGGUGAUUACACAAAUUACUACACUCAUCGACAUUUUACAAUGGGGUGUGAGACAAUCGGUUGAGGUGGAAAAUUUAAUGACUUCGACUGAGAGAAUUCUCGAGUAUAGUCAUUUAGAGGAAGAACCUAUGUUGGAUAAUAAUCCAAAAUGUAAACCAUCGAAGGAUUGGCCUAAGUGUGGCCUCGUGGAAUUUAAAAAUGUGAAAUUAAAGUACGGACCGAUAGAACCAUAUGUUUUGAAGGAUAUAACGUUCACGAUAAGUCCAAGAGAGAAGAUUGGUAUUGUUGGUCGUACUGGUUCCGGGAAAUCCUCUUUAAUCAAUGCCCUUUUUCGAUUAUUUAAUGUAGAAGGGGAAAUCUGUAUUGACGGUAUUCCUACCAGUUCAAUAAGUUUGCAUGAUUUUCGUUCAAAGAUCAGUAUUAUUCCUCAAGAACCAAUUCUCUUUAGUGGUAGUCUUCGACGUAACUUGGAUCCGUUCGAAGAGUAUUCUGAUCAUGCACUCUGGCAAGCAUUACAGGAGGUCGAGUUAAGAGAUAUAAUCGAAGAAAUGGCUGCUGGAUUGAAUUCUAGAGUAUUCGAGGGAGGAAUGAAUUUCAGUGUCGGACAACGUCAAUUAUUGUGUUUGGCUCGUGCUAUCAUUAGGAAUAACAGAAUUAUUGUUCUGGAUGAAGCAACGGCAAAUGUUGAUCUUCGUACGGAUUUGCUAAUUCAGCAGACUGUUAGAAAUAAAUUUAAAGAUUGCUCAGUUCUUACGAUAGCACAUAGAUUAAAUACGAUUAUGGAUAGUGAUAAGAUACUCGUGAUGGAUGCUGGCCAUUUGGUGGAAUUUGACCAUCCUUACGUUUUGUUACAAAAUAAUAGUUACUUUUAUCAUAUGGUACAACAAACUGGUUCUACAAUGGCAACAACACUCAUGGAGAUCGCAAAAAAAGUAAGAAUGGUCUUUAUUUCAUUUGAAAAAUGUUCCUAUACCUUAUCUAAUUUUUGUAUUUUUUCUAGAAUUAUUCUGUGAAUGAUAAUCGGUCGUCACAAUGACAAUAAAAAUAAGUAGGAAUAAUUGUGUAAAUUUUAUUUUUCGUACUCUAUUAUUUUAUAAUAAAUUACUUUCAUAUUUUUUAUAUAUAAUUUGCUAUAUUCGCGAAGAAACGUUAAUAGAAUUUUAUUAAAACUAUUAACAAUGAUAUGCAACUUGACUUCUCGAUAAUGUUUUUUCCAAUCAGACUUCCACUGAAAAUAAUAGCUUGUAAUAAUUUGUAAACAAAUCUUACACGUCUGAAAAUAUCCUAUUUACUUUGAGCAUUCUCUGAACAUUUCUAACAUUCGGAACAAUAUGUUAUACAUAUAUAUGUACAUAUGCAUAAAAUGUUUCGUGUCUCAUAUUUCUUGCCACGUAUAUUUAAUAUUAGAAAAAGUCAAUAUUACUUAAAAGAUAAAUAAAAUAUACUACUCAUCUUUUUUGUAGUGUUAUGGAGAUACUUUGUAUAAUAUAUUCAAUCUGUUUAUUUUUUAGUGUUACAAUAUUAUAAAAUAAUAACUACUUUUUCAUAAAUUUUUUUUAUAUAAAUACUGAAUUUUAUAUCUGAAUGUAGGCAUUACUCCGCACUUUUGUAAUAUUAUAAUGGACUGUGAAUAACUAUAUUUCCUAAGAUAGGAUAUCCCAAACUUUUAUGGGCUGAGAUCUAUUUUCGAGAAUGGUUAUUUUUAUCUUAUCUUUAAAUUAACAUUUCUAAUGAACGUGUAAACCACUUCAGAUUUUAAUAUUUAAAGCGAUUCUCAUUUUGGAAAUCUCUGACCUAAGGUAUGGUAAAAUUUUGCUAUUAAGGAUGUAUGUAACUUUCAAACAGUAAAGAGAAACACCUAUUUUUCUUUAACAAAUCUGUAUUAUUUAUAUGAUUAAACUUUUUUUUAAUAAAACACUGAAUGUUAAAAUGUAAAUUUUAAUAUUUUUGAAAUUAUAUAAUA